UCCUUCCAGCUCCUCCUCCUCCUCCUCUCUCUCCUCCCCCUCCCUUUCUUUUCCCUCCUCCAUUACGUGAGCUCAGUUCCUGCUCUCCUUGCCCGCCGGGGAAGCGGCCCAUCCCUGCCGGUUGGGAGAAAGCCUCCCCGCCUCUCUGCUCCUCAGUCAGUCGGUCCGUCCCUGCUCGAAAGCAAGCAGCACCAUGUCUUCUAACUCCAACCUGAGCAGCAUGCAACGCCUAGUGGAGCAGCUGAAACUGGAGGCAGGGGUGGAGAGGAUCAAGGUGUCCCAGGCGGCUGCAGAGCUCCAGCAGUACUGCGUGCAGAACGCUUGCAAAGACGCUCUGCUGGUAGGCGUCCCGGCCGGGAGCAACCCUUUCCGCGAGCCGCGGUCCUGUGCUUUACUCUGAAGUCAGGUAAUCGCGAGGGGAGAAGUUGAUCGGAGAGUUCUCGUCGAGCCCGAAGUGUUCAACAACUGCCUCCUUGUCCCAAGAAAAUCCUUCCCCUCUUCCCUUAUUUUUGCGUGGACCGAACAGUGUUUGAAGUGUUUAUGAGUCUUUUUUUCCCAAUGCCUCGUCUGCAGUAUAUGCAAAGGCCGAACCCUGACUCGGAUAAACGGGGUUUCGGCUCGCCUAAGGGGAUAAACGCUAAAGGAUUUACUGGGGUUUUGAAAACAUUGGAAAUAUUGGUAAAUUGUUUUCUAUUUUGAAACGUCCCCCAAAGAUCCUCUUUUCGUAAUUGAGUUUCUAAUGAGAUUGGACUUGCUUACUUGGAUGUUUCCAUUUUGGGAAGGAAAACAGAUCUUUUACCGAAUCACUUUGUCUUCUUGCCGUUAGCCUUGCCUAGAUUCUGCAGCAAUUCCCCUUGGAAUUUGCAGUUUUCUAAAUGAAGAUUCACCCAAGUGCUUAUGAAAAGGAAAAGGGAACUGGCUUUACUUGGCACCGUUGUCAGAAUGUCCCUAAACGGGAAAUGAUCUUUUAUUUUUAACACUAUUUGGCGCCGUCUUUUCGACCGGUUUGGAUUUUGAAAGCCCAACAGAGGGUUGCGUAUUAAAUUGCCGGACCGUAAAUUGUAUGAUUUCCGAGCGUUCGGUUCUUAUAUCUUCAUCUGCGGCUUCUCUUCGACGCCGGUAUUCUUUUUGUGCCUAAAAAGACACCGCAUCGUUUCUUAUUUUUUUUACUAAAAGGAACACGUUUAUAACGUGACUAACAGAGAUUAGGUCGGAGGUGCAACGAAAAAUCAGUAUUCGAAAUUUCCAAAGCAUAUAGCGUUUGACUUCUUAAGCUCCGGUGAGUUUUUCAUUAGCGGUGGUGUGCCUUUGGAGUUUUGCGGAAGACUUUUAAAAGAAUGCUACUUUCCCCUUUUUCCAAAGUGGUUUCAUUCCGUUGAUUUUUGUUUUCCACGUCUUGGCUUUCAGUAGCGUGAAAAUAAAAUUUCUUUCCUUAGUAA